AUGGCGGAUGCGGCUCCUGAAGCUAGACGUCCUCACACUCGAGCACAAAAUGGUAUUCGCAAGCCUAAAUCAUAUACAGACAGUACGAUCAGGUAUGAUCUGUCUACUAUCUCUGCUGAACCUCACAAUCUUGAUGAGGCUAUGGGGGAUGUUAAUUGGAAAGGAGCUAUGGAUGUUGAGUACAUGGCACUUGUGAACAAGAAGACAUGGCAUCUAGUACCGCUAGAACAAGGGAGGAACAUAAUAGAUUGCAAGUGGGUUUACAAGGUUAAGAAGAAGUCUAAUGUCUCGCUUGAUCGGUACAAGGCUCGUCUAGUUGCUAAAGGCUUCAAGCAUCAUUACAGUAUUGAUUAUGAUGAUACUUUUAGCCGUGUUGUCAAAGCAGCUACCAUUCGCCUUAUGUUAUCUCUUGCAGUCUCAUAUGGUUGGAGUCUUUGCCAACUAGAUGUUCAGAAUGCAUUUUUCUUCAUGGUGUCCUUGAAGAAGAAGUGUUCAUGA